AAGAAGGACGACAGUGCUUUGGGGUAGUGUACGCACCCUCGGAUUGUCAUCACCGGAGGACGCGAAGGAUAGUUGGCGUUUCGUUGUCACAAGUGACGGACAUCCGUGCGGAACUCUGGUGGAAGUUGUUAUAGGGAAAGUUUAAAACAAAACCGUUCCAUCUGCAAAGGAAGCGGUAGGCGUAGUUGUUAAGGAUAUAGUGUGAACCCGCCCCCCUCACCCUCCUUCAGAAUGGUGGGGCCAAGCUCGCAGGUGAGCAAAAUUCUGCUCGCCCUGCUGUUCGCGCUGAUCGUGUUCUUCCUGUGGAUGGACGUGAACCUGUACAUCCGCAUCCAGGAUUAUCCGAUCCGCGAUACCGAUCCCUUCCUGGUUGCGGCCAACAGUACCCUCCUGCUGGCCAAGCCGGCCCUCGGCGGUAGCCAUCCAAGUACGGUCACAUCGCCCCUGCUCACACCGUCCUCUUCGAUGCCACAUCAGCUGAACCGGCACAUCGUGCGGUACGAGGACGUUGCGUGGGUCAGCUGUGACCUCAACCCGCUCUGUGACGUCACGGUGAAGGCCAUGAUGUUGGACCACACGAACCACUAUCUGUUCGCCCCGAUCGCCACGAUCGUCGACAAUGUGGCCGGCUUCUCCAAGGGUGACCUAGUGACACCGAACAUGAUAUCGUUUUUCCACGUAUUCGUGGCGAUCGCUGCCGGCCGAAUGGUGGCAUCCGACUCGCUCGGGUACCGUCGGAUCGGUGUGGUGCUGUUCCAGUUCCGCACGUUCCUGGACGAUCUCGAUGGGCAUGUGGCGCGGGCGAAGAAAAACAUCCGUGGCGAACGGUCCGACAUUGGGUCGGCCGGAUACUACAUCGAUGGCAUCUGCGAUGGGCUCGGGUGCAUCGCACUGAUGGUGGGCGCGUUCGUCUACCUCAAAAACAACCCACCCCGGCGGGGCUACACCCAGCUGCAGUCGAUCAUUCCGGUUUCGGAGUCGAAGAGCAACGGCGAGUCGGGUGUCAUCUACAAGGUAAAGGUGACGACGAAGAAGGUGGCCCGGAAGGUGCUCUGCUAUACCGGCAUGCUGAUGCUUAGCUCUACCGGCUGGAACCGGUACAUCGCCAUCUACCAGGAUAUGCUCGAGCGCGAGAACGUCACGCCGACGCAGUACCUGCACCAGGAGUCGGUGUUCCGCUCGACCGGAUUCUUCUGCAUCGCCUGGCUCUGGCGCAUCUUUAACGUGCACGCGCUGCUCCACUUCCUGCUGCUCAGCAUCUUCUGUGAUAAACUGUGGGAGUACCUGCGGAUGGUCCAGUACGCCGGCUACGUCGCGCUACUGAUCGUCAUCAGUGUCGCCGAGAUGCAUCUGCUCGGUGUGCAGAACUUCAUCUACAAGUCGCUAACGGUUAACAAUACGUCGUUGUGAUUCCACUAAACACACACACACACAAACACAUGAUCACCAUCUGUUUUAUCAAUCCUUCCCCCUUCUCUUUCCUCGUUUUAAACCGUCUUGCUAGGAUCCUUGUUGUCUUGUCAUCGUUGUAAAGUCUAGCACUCACUAGGUAUGUUUAGAGAACGGAUCAACGAAGAAGUGAUCAACCCUUGUAGCUGUAACAUGUUGUAGCCACUGUGUGUCCAUUAAGGGUCCGCUGUGUUUGCCCCCUUUUCCCACUCCUCCCAGAGUGGUCAUCGGGGAGCCACUUGCCUGGCAGGACGCGGACAGACGCAUGCAAACACAUGAUGCGCUCCCGUACAACUCAAACCUACUACAGGCCUUAUAGAAAACGUUCCCGAUUGAUGGACGGUUGUGGAUAGAUUCAGAUAGUAAAAGUGCAGAUGUAAGUGAAGGGUAAUAGAGUUUAUAUAUGAGAUGAAAUCGUCGUUGUAUAUCUAUUAUAUAUAUAGUGUAUAAUUAUAGGUGCUAAUGUGUAUUAGAAAACAAACGGUAUGAAAAGGUGAAGAAGCACGUUUCCUUUAUGUCUAUAGAAAGUGCUAUAAAGCGAGAGAAAGUAGUAAACGUUGGGAUACAAAAAGAACCCUACCCUUCUAACGCAAUGUUAGGCAAAAGUGCAAAGAUUUGAAGACACAAACAAAAACAAAAACAAGAAAGAUCCAUAACCGCCUUCAUAUUGUAUUUACGAUCAUAAUGUAUGCUUUAGUCUCUAACAUCGUGUUAUUUGUAAUUAUUCCCAAACUGGUGACGUGAAGUGAAGAGGGCAGAAAUAGAAAGAGAUUACAAAAAAAAACAAGAGAUCCAUAUAUCGUAGCGCAAAUGCGGAAAA